AUGGCGUCCUCUCCAGCGCAGUCUGCGUUUAACAUGGUGCCAAAGUAUGAAAUUAAGCUUCUGAUGGAUCCCAAAAUUGUUCUCGACAUGAAUAACAGACCUGAGUCGGCGGUCCUGGAAAUUUUCAUGAUUUCCACACCCGCCAUGAAGAUGAACGUCCAAUUCCUUGAUACGAAUAAAAAAGACAUGUACGAGAACGGAUGGAGUCUGCGUAUCCGCAAAGUGCAAGGCAAGGCCGGCGGUGAACUCACGUACAAGAGGCGUUACAAAAUUGUCAACUGCGACAUUGACGCAACUUUGACGACUGCAAGCAAGGAUGGCUUCGACUCGACUACCACCAACUAUGAAGCUGAAGUCGACUGGGGAUACAAGAAUCAAACACUUUCCAUCAACCGCGACAAGUCGUAUUCCGACUCUGACAGCCAUGCUCUGGAGCUUCCCAGUGAGAAGCACUCGCGCAAUGUGCUUAUCGAAAAAGCUCCGGACAAAUUCAUCAACUCAGUGAAGCCUAAUUGGGGCAUAGACAAGCUCAAAGAAUCGCGCAUCUACGGACCAGUUCUUGUGGAUCGCUACACUGGAGCUUGGAGUGAUGAGAAGCUAAACAUUGAAGUGUGGCCGAUCAAGGAUGCUGCUGGUACCGGAACAGAAUACAUUGUUGAAGCAUCGUUCAAAGUCAAGGAACUUACCGAUGCCUGGGAGAAACGUGAUCAGCUAAUGACUCUCUUAAAAGAGAAGGGUUGGCUCGUGGCACUAGAUUCCUUGAGGACAUCAAUUAUCAUGGAGCGUUACUAA